AUGGACCUGUCCAGGGCCGUCCUCGGCCUCGUCGCCAGAGACGACAAGGACGCCGGCCAGGAGCUGCUGGAUCUGCUCAAGGAUCCCUUCCAAGGAUCGCUCGCCGCCGCGUCCCUGUUCUCUGCCUUGGGCAUCUCCAUCGGCUUCACCGUCUUCAUCGCCAUUUGCUUCUCCUUCCUCCGACCCUACAACCAGGCCAUCUACGCCCCCAAGCUCAAGCACGCCGACGAGAAGCAUGCGCCGCCCCCCAUCGGCAGGCAGCCCUGGGCCUGGGUCACGCCUCUGCUUCACACCCAGGAGAAGAUUCUCAUGAGCCAGAUCGGCAUGGACGCCAUCAUCUUCCUGCGCUUCAUCCGCAUGCUGCGCAACAUGUUCCUCGUCCUCAUGGCCCUCGGCGUCGGCAUCCUCCUGCCCGUCUACGCCACCCAGUCCGUCAAGGAGUAUCAAGGCCAGGCCACCAAGUGGAUCAUGCAAAUCACCCCCCGCGACGUCUAUGGCGCGCCUCAGUGGGCUGGCGUAGUCGUCGCCUACUGCACAAACUUUGUCGUCAUCUUCUUCCUCUGGUGGAACUACCGCAAGGUCCUGGCCCUGCGCAGGGUCUACUUUGAGAGCGACGAGUACCAAAACAGCCUCCACGCGCGUACGCUCAUGCUGUACGACCUCCCGAAGCAGGGUCGUUCCGACGAGGGCAUCGCCCGCCUCAUCGACCAGGUCGUCCCCAACUCGUCGUUUGCCCGCACCGUCGUCGCCCGCAACGUCAAGGACCUGCCCGACCUCAUCGAGGAGCAUGGCAAGGCCGUCCGCAAGCUCGAAAAGGUGCUCGCCAAGUACCUCAAGAACCCGGCUCAGCUCCCCGCCGCCCGCCCUUCGUGCAAGCCCUCCAAGAAGGACCGCGCCUUCGCCUCGUACCCCAAGGGCCAGAAGCUCGACGCCAUCGACUACUACACCCAGCGCAUCCGCGAGCUCGAGCUCGAGAUCAAGGAGGUCCGCGCCAGCGUCGACAAGCGAGGCACCAUGCCCUACGGCUUCGCCAGCUACUCGGACAUUGCCGAGACGCACAACAUUGCCUACGCCUGCCGCAAGAAGAAGCCCCACGGUGCCACCGUCACCCUCGCCCCGCGCCCCGUCGACGUCAUCUGGAAGAACAUGCCGCUCUCGAGCGCCACGCGCAGCCGCCGGCGCUGGAUCAACACCUUUUGGAUCACCAUCCUGACUGUCCUCUGGAUCGCCCCCAACGCCAUGAUCGCCAUCUUCCUCGUCAACUUGUCCAACCUCGGCAAGGUCUGGCCCGCGUUCCAGCGUUCCCUGUCGGCCAACACCACCCUCUGGGGUGUCAUCCAGGGUAUCGCCUCGCCCGCCCUCAUGUCUCUGGUGUACCUGGUGCUGCCCAUCAUCUUCCGCCGCCUCUCCAUCAAGGCCGGCGACCAGACCAAGACCGGCCGCGAGAGGCACGUGCUGGCAAAGAUGUACGCCUUCUUCGUCUUCAACAAUCUCAUCGUCUUCUCCUUCUUCAGCACCAUCUGGACCUUUGUCGCCAACAUUGUCAAGGACACGGGCCACGGCACCAACGCCUGGGACGCCAUCAACAAGAGCAAGCUCGCCGACGCCAUCUUCCAGGCCUUUUGCAACAACAGCCCCUUUUGGGUUACCUACCUGCUGCAGCGCCAGCUCGGUGCCGCCAUCGACCUCGCCCAGAUCUGGCCCCUUAUUCAGGCCUUCUUCCUCAAGAAGUUCUCGAGCCCCACACCGCGCGAGCUCAUCGAGCUGACGGCCCCGCCGCCUUUUGAGUACGCCAGUUACUACAACUACUUUCUCUUCUAUUCGACGGUGACGCUGUGCUUCAUGGGUAUCCAGCCGCUGACCCUCGUCGCGACGGCCAUGUACUUUUGCAUCGACUCGUACCUGAAGAAGUACCUCAUCCUGUACCGAUUCGUCACCAAGACGGAGUCUGGCGGCCUCUUCUGGCGCGUCCUCUUCAACCGACUCAUCUUUGCCACCAUCCUCUCGAAUCUGGUGGUCCUGCUGACGUGCUGGGUGCGCGGCGAUGGCCUCAAGCUGCAGUUUUACUGCAGCACGCCGCUUCCCUUCAUCAUGGUGGCCUUCAAGAUUUACUGCCGACGCGCGUUUGACGACAAGAUGCGAUACUACAGCACGCGCGGGUCCCCGAGGAACCAGGAGGCUGGUCUGCCGCAGAAGGAGGCUCGCCUGAGGAGCGAGAAGCUGGCGAGCCGCUUCGGCCACCCGGCGCUGUACAAGCCGCUCAUCACGCCCAUGGUGCACUCCAAGGCGCAGAACCUGCUGCCUUCGGUGUACCGCGGGCGCCUGACGGACGGCAGAGAGGGUGGUGCCAGCGAUCUCAUGAGCGUCAGCGGCUACUCGGACAUGUAUGCGCUCGACGCGAUGCAGGGCGGCAAGCCCGGCAAGAGUGUCACAGCCGGCAACCUCCCGGGCUUUGAGUACGUGUCGGAGAACCACAUGGACUUUGAGUACUACAAGAAUCGGGCCGAGUUCACGGACCAGCACGGCGGCGGUGAGAUUUACGGACGAUCCAACGACAUGGGACGACCCGGCACGCCAGGUUCCAUAGACGAAUUCAGCGACCCCGCGAUGUCGAGGCCCGGCUCGCCCAUGUCGGGCAAGUCGACGCCCUUUGUGCCUGGGCAGGUCCCCAGGCGGGUCAUGACCAACACGACGACCAUGACAGAUACGAGCUACCAGGGCGCGAGCUCGCGCGGCCGCAGCCCACUCUACUCGCAGGACAACGGCAGCUCGUCGGGCCUGGGCCUCGUCCGCAACGCCGCGGCCGUGCCCAUGAGCCCGCCCCCCGGGUACGCGCGGGAUGUGAGCUCGGACCGCGGGCGGAUGACGCCCGGCCGGAUCCCCUCGGCAGCCAGCACGCCGGGCCCGUCCAUCGGCGCCCUCGGCGGCGGCCCCCGAGGGUAUAGCGGGCUGGCGCAAACAGAGGACACGGACGCCCAGGAGGCUGAUCCGUCCCAGUACAACUAUUUUAGAGGAGGGAGCCGACCGGCGCGCGCACCCGGCAGCGGGUGGUAG